AUGAAACAGAUGGAACGCAGGAGAGUGACAAUAAAGAAGGCAUUUUUCAAAUUCAUCAAUGAAGCCUUUGCUGACGAUAUUCCCGCCAAAUUAAACACAACUGUCAUGAGCCAUGAAGAAAACUCUGAAGCUGGUGUUCUAAUGGAAGAAUUAGUGAAAUCACAUGGCUACAAAGCAGAAAGUCAUGCAGUGGUGACCACAGACGACUAUGUAUUGAUUGUUCACAGGAUAUUGCCACCCACCCUUAAUGAGUCUGCAACAAAAAGUGGUAUAGUUUUGUUGCACCAUGGUCUUUUUGGUAGCUCCGAAGAUUGGGUAUUACUAGGACCAAAGAAAUCCCUUCCCUAUUUACUGGUUAAUGCUCAUUACGAUGUUUGGCUGACUAAUGCAAGAGGAAACAAAUACUCGAAAGCACAUAUGAGUCGAACAAUGACUGAUGAUGAAUUUUGGAACUUUUCCUGGCAUGAGAUUGGGCAGUUUGAUCUAUCAGCAGUAAUUGACUACAUACCAAAUGGAGGACGAGAGAUAGCAAAUAAAACUCUAAGACAAAACAUUUUGAAUCGUGUGCCAGCAGGAGGGUCAAUGAAAACUAUAAUUCAUUAUAUCCAGCUUGUGAAAAGUGGUCAAUUUCAAAUGUUUGAUAUGGGUAGAUCGCAGAAUUUGAAAAAAUAUUCAGAGUUUGUUAUCUAA